UUUGCUUAAACGCUGUUAACUCAGUGUCAUUCAAAAAUGCUGCGCUUACUGGUCUUUCUGGCCAUAGGAGUCCUCGGCUGUCAGGUUCUCUGCAAUUCGUCGUGUUCCACGAAGUCUAGAGUGUCCUGUCUCUCACAAACAGAGUUUCAGUUCUGCUCCUCUGCAUCCAUGCCCCGCGGAAAAGUGUACUCCUGCCCUAAAAAUCACUACUGCACCGGCGAAUCCAUUGUCUGUAGCAAAAAUGCAUCUCUGGCUGCAUGCAAUGGUUGCAAUGAAUGCACUUCCGAUAAUCAAUUAGCCACAAGGACAAGUAUUACGGAAUAUUGUCGUACCUUAAGACGGUCUGGACGAUUUCCCCAUGUUCAGGAUUCUUCUGUAUCCAUCAAGCAAUACGUCUUCUGCUAUUUUUCCGGUGUCAGUUUUUAUGGAAAUGUGUACUCCUGUCCAGGAUCCACAAUCUUUGACAGCACCACCGAAAUGUGCACCAUCCAAACGGAUGUUCAGGCACGUUGAGGUAAAUAAGUUUCAAUGCAAAGGUUAGAGUUUUAUUACAAAGAUAAUGAGCACCAUUAAUUAAUAAUCUAAUCAAAUAAACUAAGAAAAACGUGACCUUCUUUGAGAAAUUGAAAACAUAGCAAAAUAUAUAAGAAUAUUUCUUGAAACAUUUCGAUAUUGUUAUAUGUUAACUUGUAUUUUCUUUAUAUAAUUUGUUUUUAAGUCACGUGAAUAAAAUGCAUGCAUCACAAUUAAAACAGAUAUAUAAACGAAGAUUAGCAAACUGCACUGGGAUAAGAUAAGUCCCACUAGAUAAAUUGGUUUGCAGGUCUUCCACUUCCUCAGUUUUAUUCUAAGAUGCUGCGACUACUGAUCGUUCUGGGAUUUUGUAUCCUUGGCUGCCGAGCAGCCUGCAAUACCUGCAACGCUAAUGGCGUGUCCUGCA